AUGCGACGGCCCUUCUCAACUACGUAGCUCUCCUCCGCCUGUUUGGGAUCUGUUGUGUUCAUCGGCAGCUCCGGGAAUGGAUAAAACAACUGAGAUGGAUAACCUGGAAAUGCGUCUCCGGGCGCUAGAGAGUCGUAUAUAUGGCGAGAGAAAGAACAAGAGUGGAAAACCUGUAAAGUGUGCAGAGUCAUUGGCCAGGAUUCAGGCCGGUCUGACCAACACAGCCAAUAAGAGAGAACGAGUAAAGAUUCUGCACAAGAAGAUUGAGGACCUCUUAAAGUACUUGGACCCUGAGUUCACAGACCACAUCACUGUGCCUGAUGCCAUGAAGCUGGAGUUCAUCCUUGCAGAGGAAGACUUCUUGCUUUCGCAGGCUGCUUUACUGGAACAGGUCAGCAACCUGCAGCCACUGCUGGACAGCACCUACAUCAGAGAUGUACCAGAACAUGCCACCAAGCUGCAGCGCUUAUCACAGAUUCACAUCAAACAGCAGGACCAAAGUGAGGUUCAGUCACAGGAAGUUAAGAAGCUUUUUGAAGAAUACAACAAAAUGAUGUUCCUGUUGUCCAAGCAGUUCACCCAGUGGGAUGAGACCCUGAGAAAAAUGGAAGAGGCCAAAGGAAUCCGACCUGUGGAAUAGUGAUUGUCAGCAUACGUUCAGAUGACGAAAGUGGAAAAACACUGCACUGUGGUGGGAGUGUCAGAUAUGCGAGGCAACGGCAUCACCACAUUUCUUUCUUAUUUUCUUUCUUUUUUUUAACAUUUAAUUUAUUUGAAUUAGGUGAUAUAACUUUGAUAAUCUAACCUGAUGUAAGAAAUCCUCAAAAGUGUAAGAAACAGUACAUUAACAAUUCCAGAAAUAGUCACUGCAGAUUGUAAAAUAUUGAAGGCAGGUUUGUCUUCCUGCUAAUGCUGGUGGUUCCAAACUGACACUCAUAUUGGAAGAAAAUGGGUUUCCUGUAACCGUUUAUUUGUGGAUGAAUUCACUCCUAUCAUUAAAGUUGUAGUUGUUAUGCUGUU